UGUAACCUCUAAGACAGAUCUUCCUCUGCAACCUCAGACCAGAAGGACUCGCAACUAAUUAGUACAGAUAAAUCAUAUUAAGGAAUUCAGAGAAAAUCAUACAAGGGACAAAAUGAGACACCUCUGCUUGCCACUUUUUCUGGUGAUAAUAUCAGGAGUCUCCACACAAACAGCAGAUGAGGUCAGAGAUGUUCCAGGUUUUGAAGGGGACGACGUCCUUCUGCCGUGCACCUGUAUGAAUAGAGACUUGAACAAAGUAUUUAAGUGGCAGACUGAAAAUCCAGCAACAAUGAUUUUCAGAGUCGAAUCAACUGAAGAAAGUUAUGGAGAAAACUACACAACCAGGGUUGAGAUCUUUGUGAAUGAGAGCAGCAGUAACUGCUCUAUCCUCCUGAAGAAAAUCACAAAGGAUGACGAAAAGACCUACACAUGCCGUUUUAACAAUGGAGUGCACAAGGUUCAUGCAGUAAAUCUGAAAGUCACGCAACGACCAGCUACAAGAUUAACAGAUCCUUCAAACCACUAUCCUCCAGAUCAAGUCUCAGACGGACCAUCCAAGCUUUACUUCACAAUCAUUCCAGUAAUUGCCCUUCUUCUGAUCGUGGGUUACCUCGGGAAUAUUUAUCUCAAACAAAGAAGAAAGUGCCGAGCUCCUAAUCAAGGAGAUACACCACUUUCCUCUGAGGACAACGUCUAAUACAGCUGCAAUCUCCUCGUCUCAUUACAAACCCACUGAGAUACAGAUUUAUUCUGAUCUACCAAUAACAAGAAAACCAAUAACAGCUAAGGUUUAAUCACACUGAUAACAUGAACAUCCUGCCUGGUUCUGACAGGAAGCCUUUGGUCCCCCUGUAAUCAGUUAAAUGUAAUCUUUACCUAAAACUCCAGUGCAGUCAUUCUCUCUGGAGACAGCAGCAUGACUUAAAGCUUGCACUCAUCUCCAGAUGGUUUUGGCCCUCAUUCUGACCGGAUGCAUCUGCACAAACUAAUGAAACGUCUGCUGACGUAAUUCUCUACACACAGGAAGUAACCAGGCCUCUGCCAGCAUCACGCUGCUAAACACCUCAUUUCCCAGAGAUCUUUGCGUUGCACCUUUGUUUGUUUUUUUAACAUGUCGUGAAAGAUUGUUACACUUUUUUUUUUUAAGUUUUACAGAAUUAAACUAAGCUGAUAAAGUAAUAGCCAGAUGCAAAAACUAGCUAUUGUAAUGAAAAUGUACAUAAACAAACGGAACGUAAAAUUGAUCUAUUUCCAUUUCUAUCAUAAUAAAAAACUGUUUCUUUUUUCUGUACAUAUGUGUGAAUAUGAAACGGAUCUUUAUGGUAAAUGAGUGAUUAUUGGAUAAUUCAUACUUACUUCAGUCGUUGUAGAUUGAUGUAAAUAACUGUGUAGCUUUUACAUUUCAGAUUUUUGAUACCAUUAGUUGAACCUUACUUCCAAAGAAAAACAUUUUGAUAUUUAAUAAAAUAUUUGAACAAUGGGAGCUGGACUCCAGUAACGUUGCACUAAAAAAACAGUAGAUUAAGGUAUUUAUGUAUAUGAGCUUUAUCGGGGUCAUCCAAGGCAAACUGCUGAUUCAGACCAUGGAGGUUUUUUUAAUGGAGGUAGUAAAAAUGUGAAUAAAAGGUCAGAGUUAGCAAAGUCUUAAAAAGGGAAAAACCAACAGUAACUCUUCCUUCUGCUCAGGGACAAAGGAAAAACAACCUUUCUUCCCCUGAAAUAUUCUGUGCUGGUUAUCGUUUGUUUGUUUUUUUCUCACUUUCAACGUGUCUUGUUGCCUGGCAUCACUGUGACAUCUGGAAUCUCUGUCAAAGUCCAGCUGUCACACAAUACGGGAAAAUAAUAUUCAAAUGGGUACAUAAAGCUGAGGAAAGGUGCUAAUUAAGAUCCAGUUAGAGAAAGUCUGAUGACAUUCAGCUCUCUGUGAGCAGCUGCAACUGG